UGCUCCGGGCCUCUCUUUUGGCGGCGGCUGUGGGGGGUCCGGGGCGCUGUAACCCGAAACCUCCCGCCCCUGAGCGCAGCGGAGGCGGCGGGGGAAGGAGGAAGCGGCUCGGCUGGGCCCGGCCCGACGCUGCCCAGCAUGUACUGUCUGCUCUGUCAAUGUGUGCUCUGACAAUGAGCAUCAACUCCUCCUUCAGCAAUGGGAAGGGCCUGAGAAACCUCACAGCACAGGAAGACGGGGCAGUCAGAGUCACCGAGUCGAUUGCUAUUAUCGUCAUUGCUAUUUUCAUCUGCUUGGGCAACUUGGUGAUUGUCGUCACCCUCUAUCGGAAGUCUUACCUCCUUACGCUGAGCAACAAGUUUGUGUUCAGUCUGACACUGUCCAACUUCCUUCUGUCUGUCCUGGUGCUUCCUUUUGUCGUCACCAGCUCCAUCAGGCGGGAAUGGAUCUUUGGAGUAGUUUGGUGCAACUUUUCUGCCCUGCUUUAUAUGCUGAUCAGCUCGGCCAGCAUGCUAACUCUUGGUCUCAUUGCUAUAGAUAGGUACUAUGCUGUCUUGUAUCCAAUGGUGUAUCCAAUGAAGAUUACAGCAAACAGAGCAGUUGUAGCCCUUGUGUACGUGUGGCUACACUCCCUCAUUGGCUGUCUUCCUCCUCUCUUUGGCUGGUCUUCCUUGGAGUUCGAUCAAUUCAAAUGGAUGUGUGUGGCUGCGUGGCAUAAGGAGGCAGGCUACACAGCCUUUUGGCUGAUCUGGUGUGCUUUGCUGCCCUUCCUGGUUAUGAUGAUCUGCUACGGAUUCAUAUUUCGCGUGGCUAGGAUUAAAGCGCGCAAGAUUCACUGCGGUAGCGUGGUCAUUGUAGAGGAGGACGCUCAGAGGAAUGGGAGAAAGAACUCUAGCACCUCCACCUCCUCUUCAGGCAGUCGAAGGAAUGCUUUCCAAGGGGUUGUCUACUCAGCCAAUCAGUGCAAAGCUUUCAUAACCAUCUUGGUUGUCAUUGGUGCUUUUGUGAUCACGUGGGGGCCCUACAUGGUAGUAAUUACGUCAGAAGCACUUUGGGGGAAAAAUAGCAUUUCUCCUGCUCUGGAGACAUUAGCAACAUGGUUAUCUUUUUCAAGUGCCAUUUGCCAUCCACUGAUUUAUGGACUCUGGAACAAAACAGUGCGCAAAGAACUAUUAGGAAUGUGUUUUGGGGACCGGUAUUACCGGGAGUCAUUUGUUCAGCGUCAUAGGACAGCCAGAUUAUUCAGCAUUUCCAAUAGGAUCACAGAUCUGGGACUAUCUCCCCAUCUCACAGCUCUCAUGGCAGGUGGGCGGCCUUUAGGACACAGCAGCAGCACAGGGGACACUGGUUUCAGCUGCUCUCAGGAUUCAGGGACAGAUGUGAUGCUGCUUGAGGAUUAUAGUUCAGAUGGAGCUCAUCACCCGCAUUGCGUUUAUCCCUAUCGACGGAGGAGUUCGGUAACAUUCGAAGACGAAGUGGAGCAAAUCAAAGAAGCUGCAAAGAAUUCUGUUCUCCAUGUAAAAGCUGAAGUCCAUAAGUCUCUGGACAGUUAUGCAUCCAGUUUAGCCAAAGCUAUUGAAGCUGAUGUGAAAAUCAGCUUGUUUGGAGAAGAUGCUUUACCAGGAUCUUUGUUUCCUUCACGCACUGUACCAGGCGGCAAUGUGGGUGCACGGCGUGGUGGCAGAGCCCAAGCUGGCCAAAGACUUCAGCUGCAAAGCAUCGAUGAAGGGAAUAUUUGACAAGAGCACUGAACUAGAAGAAACCACUAAGUAUGAUCCAGUAUAGUAAGAAUUAUUUUAAAAGAAGCAGGGUAUUCAGAAUGGCUUAACUUCAGUGUUUUAGUCAAGAACACUUGAAAAUACCUGAAUACUUGUCUUUAAAUACAUACGUCUACAUUUUAGAACAGUAUUUACUUACUGUUCAGGGUACUGUACAUGUGUUUGUGUAAUGUUUUUAUCCAUUAUACAGCACAUAAAAACACAGGAUUUGCCUUACUUGUCCAAACCACUGGUCCAUCAGAUCAAGUAUCCUUCAGUGACCAAUUCCUGAUAUUUCAUAGGAAAGCAAAACAAACAAACAAAAACCAUGCAGCAUUAUACAUGGUGUUGUAGAGAUUUUUUCCUGACCCAUGGGUCUAUCAAUGUAAUCCCUAAAAGAGGAGAUUUGAUGGCUGUACUGACUGGGAACUUUAUACACAGUGUUAUUUUGGACCAUGGAUUUAACUAAAGCACAAAAUCUGAGCCUAGUUUUCAGAUUUCCAGAAUCCCUUUUAUCCAAAUUACUGUCCUGUUCACCUUUGGUGGUGGAUUAUAUUUUUGACUGUGCAACCAUGGGAAUGCUAAAUAUGAGGCCAUAUUACACAUUGCUUUUGUUCCACUGGACAAAUGUUUUACUACAGAGAGCAGAUACAUCAUUCUCACAUAUAUAAUGGGUAGAGGCAGCCAAGCACUGGAAAGAUGGCAGAAAUAGUUUUAGAAGAUGGACAGAUUUUGUUUGGGGAUUUUUAGUUCUCAGUGAGAAUUACAAUUUGCUUUCCUUGUUUUGUUUUUACUGAGAGGCAUUGUACAGCCACUGAGAUUAAACAAGGAUGAGAGAGAAUAUAAAUACUGUAUUGCCACUUAAUAUUGACGUUAUACUGGAUUCAUCCUUUGUAUACAGAAAAGCUUUGUGAGUUGGAUUUUUACGAGGGAGUAUAUCUUUUUGUGUUUAAGCAAUAGCUACCUCACUCCAAGUAUUUCUUGGAGUUUAACUCAUUAAAUCUUAAAAUAACAAUAUUUAGCACUUAUAUAGCACUUUUCAUAUUCCAAGCGCUGUACAAGCAUGAAUUAAUCUUUACAGCCCCCUAGACCCAAGAGGCAGGUAGGUGGGUAAGCAGUUAAUUCCCAUUUUUGCUGAAGCAUUAAAGCAGGGGUUCUCAGACUUUUGUACUGGUGACCCCUUUCACACAGCAAGCCUCUGAGUGCGAUCCCCCAUUGUACGUUAAAAACACUUUUUAAUGUAUUUAACACCAUUACAAAUGCUGGAGGCAAAGCAGGGCUUGGGGUGGAGGCUGACAGCUCGCAACCCCCCAUGUAAUAACCUUAUGAUCCCCUGAGAGAUCCCAACCCCCAGUUUGAGAACCCCUGUAUUAAAGUGAAGGGCCAAGUUUGCCAGAAGUGCUCACUCAUUUUUUGUGACUCAGUUUUUGAGUGUCCACGUGGUAGCUGCAGGUGCUCAAAACCUCUGAAAAUCAGGGACAAGGCAUCUCAGUUUGGGCACUUAAAACCUGAAAAUUAGAGAGCUCUUGUGACAAUUUGGCUGUGUGUGACUUACCCAAGGCCAUAGACAGAAUAUCAGAAGGUAAGAUCUCUGGAUUUCAUGAAACUCAAUCCCAUUCUUAAGCCAGUAGAUCACACCUUUCUCUGGCCCCAGUUCAUCAAAGCAUUCAAGCACAUGCAUAAAUCCAUCCCUAUUCAGCAAUGCACUUAAGCUCAUGCCUAACUUAAGUACUUGCUUAUGUCCCAUUGAAGUCAAUGGGAUUUAAGUGUAUGCUUGAAAUUAAGCAUGUGAUUUGCAGAAUAAAGAUGGACUGUUGAAUUGAGACCUCUACAAUCCACUAAAUGGGGUGUUUUGCAUAGUUAUAAAAUAUUCGGGAAUGAAAUAGUUAAUAACAAUGGAUUGUGAGGAGCUGGUGACCUGAAAAGUAGCCCACUGACCCCAGUCACUCAUUCAUUUUACUUUAUUUAAUUUUUCAAAUGUAUAAAAUGUAUCUUCUGACAGCUCUGGGCACAUGUUCAAGAAUCUAUAAUCCCAUCGAUUUCCAGGAAAUGCCCUGCACCGAGGUCAUUAUUGCCAUUGUGAGAUAAAUAUGCAGGGAGAAAGCUAGGUCACUGGAUUUCUUUUCACAGGUGAUGCUGUUUUAAUUGCUGUCUGUAUGAACACACACAUGGUAUAAUAGCCCAUCAGAUUGUUAGAAACAAUUUCUUAAUGUUCCAUUUAUUUUAUAACCCAAGUUGACCAAAAAUGCCAUUGAAGGGAAAGAGAACAAGGAGCCUGAAUUAAAGGGGCAAACAUAGGAUAGUUUGGAUCGAUUGGGUUCACUCUUAUUCACCAUUAGGUUGCAUUGAAGUAAUUGUCAAGAUUCUGGCCCAAAGGCAUAAGCAUAGGGGGGAAAACCCCCAAGGCGCAUGUGAAAGCACAAAAUAGUUAGCAUUACAUAAAGAGCACCUUACGCACCAAGACACUGACCCAAAUUCAGCCCCCUGUGAAGAUCUGAGGAGUUGCACCUGCUUACACCAGGGUUGAAUUUGUCUUACUGUGUUAAUUUCACUAACAUAUUAUUAAUGAUAUAUUUACUAAAUAAUUUAUUUACUAAACAAAACAAAACACAUCUUACACCUUCCCUGUAAUGCUGUUGUUGUUAUCAGUGUUUUCUAGUUUGAGGUGUUAGAGAAAUAACUAAUUAAGAAACACACACAUUUUACAAAAUUGUAUACAGAGUACAAGGAAAUGCAUUGUGAAAGUGAAUGGUUUAGUUUCAUUCUUCAA